CCAAUGCUGAAGGAAAGGCUGAUCAUUCUACCAUAGCAGGGACGGAGAAAGGAUGAUAGAGCGUGAACUACGCUUGUUCUAAGCUUCUUUACGGACGCCAAUCCGCGAGCAAUACUCAUCUUCCUACAAUUUCCUGGUUUGGAUAUCAUCUUGCUGAAUCGAUUCGAGAGUCCAGACGCACACGAGUCACAACCCACGAGCCUCCGGCUUUCCUUAGCGCGAUCCGUUUAAUCGGUUCCCCCACUCCGCCAUGGUCUCCCCAGAUCCCUCAUCCGAUUGUGAGAAUCGAAACAAGGAAAAAAACGAUGGCGGAUCUUCCGUUCAGAAUUUCCGUAUUUUCGGCGUUAGCUUAGCGCAGCCGCCCCUGAAUUCCACUCCGCAGCCGGCAGGGCCUGUCGAGUUUACGCCGUCGAUUCCGCUCCGCACGUCCUCCCCCGCGGAAGGCAUGCGCAAGUGCGCAAGUACGAGCGCACUGGCGGAUCUUAGCCGCCGCCGCAAUCUGGCCUCCGCAGGCGCAGGCGCGCGGAUGCGCUCCCCCCUGUUCCGCCCGGUCGUGGGGAGCGUCGGGAACAGCAUGGAUGAGGACAGCGCGGCGGACGAUGAUGCAGACGUGGAGGAAGCGGGGGAAGCGGGGGAAGCGGAGGAGGAGGGGGAAGAGGAGAGGAAAGCGGGGCGGGAAGUCCGUGCUCCCCGCGGGAGCGCGCCGCAGCGGCCGCCAGCAGAUCCGGAGUCAUCCGCCGGCAGCGGCGGCGGCGGAAACGGCGGCGCAAGGGAACGGAGAGAACCGGGCGGAGGAGACGGGGAAGGAGCGCGACAGGCGGUGGCAGCGGCGCGCAGUGAGGGCUCGAAUUGCACGCCGCAACCCGCGGGAAGUGAAGUCGCGAACGCGCCGAUGGGCGGGCGGGGGUCCGGGGUGGGCGGACGAGGAGACGGAGGAGGAGGCGGAGGGGGGCACAUGGGCGGAACGGCGUCGUCCAGGGAGCGCAAGAAGGGGAUUGCGUGGACGGAGGAGGAGCAUCGGCUGUUUCUGAUUGGUCUGAGCAAGCUGGGGAAGGGCGACUGGCGCGGGAUCUCACGGAACUAUGUGACCACGCGCACGCCGACGCAGGUCGCGAGCCACGCGCAGAAGUACUUCAUCCGCCAGGGGAACCUGAACAAGCGGAAGCGGCGGUCGAGCUUGUUCGAUAUAAGCACAGACGUGCUAGCGGAAGAGGCGGCGGCGACGACCAUCAUGUCGCGAUCCAUGAGCACGCCGUCUCUCCCGUCGCUCCGCGACGACCCCAAGCUGCUCCCCUCCGGAAUCUCCGCCGGACUCACCGCCGUCUCUUCCGCCGCCGCCAUCUCCGCGCUUUCGCCCUCCGCCUCCGCGCUUGCCUCCCCGCAAGCGCUCUCCCGCCACGCGCUCCAUCAGGCGCUUCCGCACGCGCGCGCGUUCUCCCGCCCGUAUCAGCUCCCCAACACCGCGCAGACCCUCCCCCCGCCCUCCUACACCGCGCACUCCUCCGCUUCCGCGCAUCCUUUCGCCCCUCCCGCUUCCGCGCACGGUUUUCUCGAUCUAAGCCGCUGCCAGUCAUAUCCCGCCGUCCACAUGCUCGAGUGCGGAAGCCCUUACGACAAUUCCGCCGCUUCCGCCGCCGCCACCGCCGCCGCCGCCGCCGCCGCCGCCGCCCGCGGCGGCGCACUUUCCGCCGCAUUGAUGCCCCUCACGCGUCCGAUGUCGCUGCCGUCCCUUCACCCGGCCUCCAUCCCGGAAACUUCCGCCAUUCCCCCGGUCGAUCUAGGCCCCGCGCAUUUCCUCCCCUCCCCGCAUGGCUUCUCCGCGCAUCCGCAAUCCCAGCCCCCCCAGUGGCACCUGCUCUCCGCUUCUUCCGCCAAUGCCUCCGCUGCCGCCGCCAACUCUGCUGCGCGCGGACCUAUGGCGCUUGACCACCGGUCAAUGGGCGCCGGGGGCGCUGUUGGUGCGGGGAGUUCCGCCGCCUCCGCCGCUGCCGUUGCCGCCAUGAAUCGCGCGCGGGAUCAGAGCAUGGCCGCGCUAGGGGCGGGACACGCGGGCGCAGGGCUCGGCGCGCUUGCAGACGCAGCAGCAGCGCGGCACAGAAUUGGGCAUGAGAUGAUGAUGCAGAUGGGGCACGAAGCAACGGUUCAGAUCGGACACGAGCUGGCGCAACGGAUGGCCAGGAUGAGCCAGGCGGCUGAGCGGGCAGGGGCGGAGGGGGCCAGUCCGAUGCUGCUAGGGGGGAGCAGCAACGUGGAGAAGAGAACGAAGCUGGAGAGUGGCAUAGGGUUUCCUAGUGCUGGUGCGGCAGGCGGGGGUAGUGGUGCUGCUGCUGCGGCGGCAGCCGCGGCUGCAGCAGCUUGUGGGGGCUCUGCUUUCUCCCCCUUCCGGUCAGGAAUGCCUGCUCCUGGUGCUGCUGUUGCGGCUGCUGCUGGUGCUGCUGGAGCUGGUGGUGGUGCCACCGCAGCAGCAUACCUAUCCACUUCUCCCCCGUCUACCUACCCAUAUGGUCCCCUCUCGUCCUCUCCCCCCGCCGGGUACCCCUCCAGCUAUCCCUACUCCUCGUUCCUUUGGCCUAGAAGCACGUCGCACUUCCCAUCGGCUGCUUCCGCUGCUGUCGCGGCAGCAGCAGCUGCUGCACAGCAAUCCGCCUUCUCUACUGCUUCUCCUGGUGGUGCUGGUGGUGGUGGUUCUGGUCCUGCUGCUGCUGCCAGCACUUGGCAUUUGUCAGGAGGUCAGUUAACACCUGGUCAGAUUAACCUGCCCCAGGGGCAGCCGAGACUCACAGUUCCUGCAGCCUCUGCCACAACUGCUGUUGCUGCUGCCUCUUCUGGUGCCCCUGAUGCUGCUGCUGGUAGUUUUCCAUUGGCCACUGCAGCUGGUGAGGGUAAUCUGGCUGCUGCUGCUGGAGUUGUGGCUGUAUCUGGUACUCGCACAGUCCCCACCACUACACUGCAGCUUUUUGACACCAGUCCCAAUGAUUUGGCUCAUGAGGUGAAGCGGCCUGCAGCAGUGGCAGCAGCAGCAGCAGCAGCAACGGUCGCUGUGACGGCAGCGGCUCGACUUGCUGCCUCUGCUUCGCCUGAACCCACCAGUGAUGUCAAGGCACCUAUUAGUGUGCAAUGAUAGGCUGCUGUGUCAAAAAUUGACAUCAGUCUGGUUAAGACAGCUGAACAAGUCAUAUACGUGUGAUUUGUGCAACUUGUGUUAUGUGUGCGUGGAAUUGUCAACUGCUAGUCAUAAUUCAGCCGAUUUUAUAGGAGAGUAUCAGGGAUGGGUUUUUGAGGCGCCUCAAAAAUCGUCUGAACAGGGAGAGUAUCAGGGAUGGGUUUUUUAGGCGCCUCAAAAAUCGUCUGAACAGGGAGAGUAUCAGGGAUGGGUUUUUGAGGCGCCUCAAAAAUCGUCUGAACAGGGAGAGUAUCAGGGAUGGGUUUUUGAGGCGCCUCAAAAAUCGUCUGAACAGGGAGAGUAUCAGGGAUGGGUUUUUUAGGCGCCUCAAAAAUCGUCUGAACAGGGAGAGUAUCAGGGAUGGGUUUUUUAGGCGCCUCAAAAAUCGUCUGAACAGGGAGAGUAUCAGGGAUGGGUUUUUUAGGCGCCUCAAAAAUCGUCUGAACAGGGAGAGUAUCAGGGAUGGGUUUUUUAGGCGCCUCAAAAAUCGUCUGAACAGGGAGAGUAUCAGGGAUGGGUUUUUUAGGCGCCUCAAAAAUCGUCUGAACAGGGAGAGUAUCAGGGAUGGGUUUUUUAGGCGCCUCAAAAAUCGUCUGAACAGGGAGAGUAUCAGGGAUGGGUUUUUUAGGCGCCUCAAAAAUCGUCUGAACAGG